GCAGCGAGACAGACGCCUAUGGGUCCUUUUCCGCUUAAAACAAUGCUGUCGACGUUAUGACGUUCUCUUUACCCACAGUCAGAGCGAAGAGUUAGAAACCGCUCAUCCAUCCUUAAUCUACAAUGGCCGAGGAAGGCAUUGCUGCUGGAGGUGUGAUGGAUGUUAACACCGCGCUGCCAGAAGUGCUGAAGACCGCACUCAUCCACGACGGACUGGCACGCGGGAUCCGCGAGGCCGCCAAGGCCCUCGACAAGCGCCAGGCUCAUCUUUGUGUCCUGGCAGCUAACUGUGACGAACCCAUGUAUGUCAAGCUGGUUGAGGCUCUCUGUGCCGAGCAUCAGAUCAACCUCAUCAAGGUUGAUGACAACAAGAAGCUUGGUGAGUGGGUUGGUCUGUGCAAGAUUGACAGAGAGGGCAAACCCCGUAAGGUUGUGGGCUGUAGCUGUGUAGUCAUCAAGGACUACGGCAAAGAGUCCCAGGCUAAAGACGUCAUUGAGGAGUACUUCAAGGCCAAGAAGUAAAACACCAAAUAAAAGAUCUUUUUGGAAUUUA